CCUCUGUUGUACGAUUCAAACUCUAUGGUCCAUAACACAGUUAAAUAAAAAUAGUAGAUGAUUAUCUUCAAAGUAUGGCGGCAUUUGUAAUUCUGAUGUGUAAAAUAAGCGGCAGUUAAAUCGUGUGUAGUAGAUGCACAGGAUACAUGAUAUUAAUCUAUAGUAGAUAAAGCAUCGUGUAUUACCGAAUGGGGAUAUAGGCUAAGUUGCCUGUAAUGCAAGUGUAGAUUGACUAAUAUCUAGAAGAGGAAUUCAACUCGAAGGAUAAUUAACAAAGUAACUGACGAAGUACAUGGAGCAGAGGCAUUCUUAUGAAGCUGAUAAUCGCCCAGCCAUAAGUUACCCACCUUUUAUGGAACCAACUGGUGGAGGAGGGAUGGAACCUAGUAGGUCAGCUGUUACUGGUAGCUCUGAAGAUGUGGCUCCAGAUGCCCUUCUACGACAGAAUCAGGAAUUACAGCGAAGACUGGAAGAUGAAGCAGCAAGUUACAAGCGUAGGUUGGAGACAUACAGACAAGCACAACAACAUCAGGCAGCCUUAGUUAGCCGACUCCAAGCAAAGGUCCUCCAGUAUAAGCAGCGAUGUUCUGAACUAGAGAGUCAAAUGGCAGAAGGUUUACCAGGCCCUGAGUCUCCUAUCAGGGCCAUGACUGUCUCAGCUCUUCCCCCAUCCUUGGAAGUAAGAGAUGACAGGAUCCAUGAUCUUGAUACUGCGCUGAGGAGAUUAGACGAGGAACGCAGGAAAUGUGAAAAGUUAAUGCAAAUAAAUGCAGCCCUUCAUGAUCAGUUGGAAGAAUCUCAUCAGACCAAUGAUGCCCUCACAUCAGACCUACAGAAGCUGACUAAUGAUUGGGAACAGCUGCGAGAGGAAAUGUUGAUUAAAGAGGAUGAAUGGAAGGAGGAGGAGCAGGCUUUCAACGAUUAUUAUACUAUGGAACACAACAGACUUUUGAAUGUCUGGCGAGAUGUUGUCUCUGUCAAGAGGAUAUUUGCUGAGAUGAAAUCGACAACAGAGAGAGAUAUGUCCAAACUGAACUCUGAAAUGUCAUCAGCAACUCAAGAAAUAACCAAUGCAUGCAGUGGAAUUAUUAAUGUCAUGAAGGAAACCAGUAAGACAGAGGGGCAGCAGCAGAUACAGCAUGAACGGGAAGCAGCAGAUUUGAAAUCACAGAUUCAUUCUCUCCAGACUCAGCAUGAGGCAACAUUGUUUGAAGCGAGACAAAAAGAAGAGAGAAUUCAACACCUGCUAAGAGAAAUUCAGAAUUUGGAGGAGAGGUGUGGGGAGGCAGAACAUGAAGUGGGUCAAGUGAUUCAUAUGCAGGAAGAAGUGGAAUUGUUGCAGAAUGCUCUGCGUGACAUUGCACACGCUGUGAUUCAGGAUGCAGAGAGCCGAGAUGCUGAACAGUCUCAUGCAGCUACACACCUGCACCUAACUCCUGCUGGUCCAGUACCUCAACGAUCGCCAAAAAGAGCUAUGCGCACACCCACUUCUCCAGCUUUUGCUGAAAGCACCAUCUCUGCUGUCCAAGCCUCACUACACAAAUACCAACUACAAAUUCAUGAGUUACAGGUGAAGCUUCAGUCCAGCAAGGAACAGCUGAUACUUUUUAGGAAACAGUGUGAAAAUGCUGAAGAUAGUCAACAGUCGCUAGAAACUAAAGUGGGAGAAUUGACAGCGCAGCUUGAUUCCUGCCGUUCCCAUUGCUCACAACUGAUGCAGGAGAAAGAUUUGCUGCAGAAAUCUCUUGAUUCUGUUCGAAGUGAGAAAAAUGCUUUGGACAAGAACAGAAUGGAAAUCAAUGCAAUGAUUGAAACUCUUAAUGCUGAUUAUGAGAAACUUCUAAAAGCAAAUGCAAAACUGCAGAAAGUGUCAGACAAUUUGGAAGACGAAAAACUGUUCUUACAGACUGAACUCAACCGUGUGGCUAAAGAUGCAGAAAUCAGGGAAAUGAAUUUGAGAGCUGAGGAAGAGAGGUGCAGUCGACUUAGGGAAGAACUGCUCACCCUAAGAGAGGACAUGAACAAAGCAUACCUCUCUCAUGACAUGCUGGAGCAACAGAAGAUGGAAUCAGAUGAUCUUAUAGCUCAAACAGAGAAGAGUAAAGGAGAUAUGGAGUUGGAAUUGGAGCGCACUCUACUGGAGAAAUCCGAUGUCCAAGAGACAUUAACGAAGCUGGAAACAGUGUGCAUGAGCUUGGAACAAGAUAAGAAGAGAUUACAAGAUGAAGUUAGAAAGAUUGGGGAGGAGAAGGCUUCUCUUCAGAGCCAGUGUGCUGACCAGCAGAAUGACUUAGGGUCUCUCAGGAAAGAAUUACUUCAGGCUGAGCAAACACGCCUGGACCUGGAGUCAGACAAAGUCUCCCUCCAGGAAAAACUGAAGUUCCUGGAGAUUGAGAAAGAGAAAGUGGAACUAGAAUUGGGCCAAGUGUCUAGGGAAAGGGGAGAUCUAAGUAACCAGCUGUCGUCACUAGCUCGUAAGAAAGAGGCAUUGAAUGAAGAAAUGAUGAGAAUAAGACAAAGAUUGGAGCAAGCCAAUGAGACUAAUGCUCGCCUCAAUCGUGACUUGGAGGAUCUUGUGAAAGACAAAGAAGAAAAACAGGUUCUUUUGGAAGCAAAUGAGAAGGAACUUCAGCGGUUGCAGGAACAGUUUGCUUCAGUACGAAGUGAGAAAGAAGCUCUGGAAGGAGUUCUGUUUGAUACACAAACAAACUUGGCGGCUACUGAUAAUACACGCAUUCAACUAGAAAAAGAUCAACAGGAUUUGCUGGUGAAACAGGAGUCUUUGAAAGGCCAAGUAUGUCGACUGACUCGUGACCUGGAGGCUUCUGAAAAACGAGCACAAGAGACGAAGGCUUCAUUGACUCAGCAGGCUGGUGCACAAGAGGUGGAGUUCCAGCAGGUCAUUACCAACCUCAAGAAACAACAUGAGGAAACUGUGAGGAAACUUACAGAGGAAAGGGAACAUAUCAGAAUCUCGUUAGAGAAGAGGUUACAGCAGACAGUUCAGCAGAUGGGAGGAGAGAAAGAUGGUGAGAUCCAGCAGCUCCAAGAGAGGAUAGAAACUCUACAGCAGCACAUUGAGAAUAUUUGUCAGCAGCAUGAAGAAGUUCUGCUUAGAGCAGAGAAUGAUAAGCAGCAAGCUCUGCUCCUUGCUCACCAUGACCAGCAAGCUUUGCAAGAGAGAAUGGACGGUGUUCAGAGAGAGCUGGAAGAGGAGCACAGUGCUCUAGAUCGACUGCGAAGGGAUGCAACAACAAGAGCAGAACAGGAUCGUGGUAACAUCAACCAACUUCGAGAUGAACUUGCCCGCUUUAAAACAAGACUGGAAGAGAGCAGGUUAAAGGCCGAGGAAGAGAGAAACCGACUAGAAGGUAAACUUGGGGAGGUGCACAAGGAAAGGGAUGUUGUGCAGCAGGAGUGUGAGGAGCUGAAAGUGCAGCUUCAUCUUGCUGAGGAUCGUCUUGAUGCAAACCAGAGCCAGCUGCAAGAAACUUCACGUAAACUGAAAGAAGCUGAAAACACCAGUGAAGUGUUGCGUAAGGAGCUGACUGACAUACGGAGACAACUGGCAGACAGCAACUAUGAAAAGGAGAAGUACAGUAGUUCUAAUAAGGAGCUCCGAGACUAUGUGAAAAGGAUUGAAGGAGAGAAGAGAGAGCAAGGAAGGGCUCUGGAAGAAGCUUUCCAGAAAAUUUCUACAUUGGAAGACUCGAAGACCGGUCUGGAUGGGGAACGUACACGUCUUCAAGGACAGAUUCGAGACUUGGAGCGGCAGCAGCUACAGAUGUCCCAUCAGUUACAAAAUACACAAGAGGAGUUACAGAGGUCACAUGCUACCAGCACUCAGAUGCAGAAUGAGGAGAAGGAACUGCAGGCACGCCUUGCCUCAGAAAGUGAGGAGAGGGAAAGAACACAACAGGAAUUGCAUCAGCUCAAGAAACAGAUUGUCGAGCUUGAUGGAAGCCUCGAACUUUCAAGACAGGAGUUAAGUCGAAUGCGUUCACGCGGAGAUGAAGAAGAGGAGCGCUGGAGAGCCAGAGAACAAGAAUUGCUUGUGCGACUUGAAGAUAGUCGUAGCAGAGAUCGGAAGCUUGAAGAUCAGAAACACAAUUUGGAAGUUUGUCUGGCAGAUGCUACUCAGCAGAUUCAGGAGCUUAAGGCUCGCUUGGGAGGAACAGAGGGCCGAGUACGUGCUUUGGAUGCACAGUUACUGCAGUUGGAAGGAGCAAAGAAAGAAGCAGAGCAGAAACUAAGUAGUGUUGGAUCCACACUCAGAAGAAUUGCAGGAAUACAACUUGAUGGUAGUGUCACUUUGCCAUACAAAGUUAUGAGUCCUUCAAGAAGAUGGAGUCCUGCUAAAGUUCAGGAGCAUGGUGAUGGACGAGGAGAUGUUAUGGCAGAUAUAGACCCAGAGAUUAUAAGGAAAGGCGUUCGCUCCUUGAUGCAGCAGAUUGCACAAAUAGAACGUGAAAGGGAUGAUUUCAAGACCCAAGUUUUAAGUGCGAAGAAACAGUUGCAAGAGGCACAGGAACUGCAAAACAAAGUAGAUACAAAACUAAACACAGCCUUGCAGAAUGUAAGAAUCGCACAAGAUGAGAAAGGCACUUUGGAAGCUAAAUUGGGCCAGAAACAAGCUGUCUUACAGUCCCAGGCAGAAGCUCUUCAGCAGAAAUCUGAAGAGGCCCAGCAGAUGAGAGAGAAAGUAAUGGCUCUGGAGCUCACUGUUAGUAGUGGCACUGAAGAGAAGGGACAGUAUGAGGAUAAACUUGAUAAAAUGCGGCAAGCAAUGUCCAGACUGGAGAAUGAGAAGCGUAAUCUACAAGAGGAAUUGGGGCGUAAUGAGUCUCGGGCCACCAAACUAGAACUGCAGAGGUUGUCUUUAGAAGGAGACCUGCAGCGCCUGCAGAUGAUACUGCAGGAGAAGGACUCUCAUAUCCAGAAGUUGCAUGAUAAGUGUGAGAUCCAGGGGCGGAAUCUUGCAAGUCUUGAGGAGCGCUGUGCUUCAUUGAAGUCAACUAUCGACCAGCUGAACUUGGCGCUAGAACGAGCAAACACUGCUGAGACAGAAAUGAGAGCUGAAAUACAGAGUCUGCAGCGCACAUUGCUGGACACCAGUUCAACCUCACAGUCAAGUAGUGAGAAGCUAAAACAGCUUCAAAAAUCAUUGACCAACAGUGAAAAUGAACGCAGAGUGAUCACAGAACGCCUUGAAGCGUCACAACAAACAUUGGCUGAGCUGCGACAUACCAAUCAACAUCUCUCUGAUCAGAACCAGCGGCUGCAGACAGAGUUGGCAAAUAGUGAAGUCCAACGCUCUGGCCUUGAAGCUCAACUACGAUUGGCAAGCUGGCCACCAGAGCGAUCGGGAACAACCGGAAAAGAUGAGGAACUGAUGCGGCAGCUACAGACGUCGCAGCGGGAACGCAUGGAACUGCGAGGAAAAGUGGAAUCUCUGUCAGAUAAGGUUCGCCAGUUAGAAACUGAGAAACAGAACCUGGAGAGAACCUAUGCCAAGACAGCAGUUGGUCGCAGCAAGAGCUAUGAACGACCAGAGAAGGAGUCAAGUUCUGAGGGCUUGGAGCAAGAAAACCGGGAGCUUCGUAUGCGAAUGCUUCACUUAGAGGCUCAGUUAGUAGACAAGGAAGCAGAAAUCACCAAAUUACGCUCUCAACUUUCAUCAGAUUUUAAACUAGAUCGCAGCACAGAGAUAGAAAGGCUGAGAGCAGCCCAGCUACAGGCAGAGAGGCUCCUGGAAGCGAGGGAGCAGUCACACCGACAACAAGUUCUGCGAUUAGAAAAUCAGAUACAGUUGCUGAGAGAGCAGUUGAAUCAAGAAGUUAAGCGCAGACAACUGUACGUAUUGAGAAGUUCUCGUACUGGCAGAGAGAUGCAGCAUCUGAGGCAAGCUCUAGGAGAUUCCCUACGUACUGUAUCACAGGAUCCAUCACUGGAUGCUGUGUUAUUGGAGCAUGAGGCUCGGAAGCUAGACACAACGCUCGCAUCAGCAUCCAGUCUACCUUCCACAUCCACCACUGCUUUGCCACUUCCAGCCUCCCAUCACAGCUAUUCAAUGUCUUCUCCACAUGAUGUGGCAAAAUCUGCUACACUGCAGCCCAAGUGAAGAGGACUAUUUGUAAACUACUUAUGGAAGGUAGAUUGUGAUAUAUUUUCAAUAGAGACAGUAUAUUAACCUACUCAUCACUGCCAAGAAAUGUAUUUAUUCAAGUGAUUUCUUAAUAAGCAUUUUUUAAACUAUUUAUGUACAGUACCUGCAAGUUUUAUGUCUUUUUCCUUAUCAAGUAUAUCAGAUAUUUAUUCAGUAUUAUUUUUAUAUUCUGUUAACUUCAAACUUUCCUCUAUCUAUAGUCAGAAAUUUAUAAUGUAAUUUUUCCCCUUUCAAAUACUAGCAGUCAAAAACUGUUGAGCUGCUAUGUUUAAUUUGGGUAUGAUUACACUUAUAAUUUCUAAUAUGUAAGUGUUCAUAUAUAUGUAGGCCUCUCAGGCUGCAGAGGCAGUCUCACAACUUUCCAGAUGGAUCUGAACGUUUUAAGCUGACUUUGUUUUAAUACCUUUUUGGGACAAUUUUUUCUGGUAGAUGAAUUAAGAGAACCUGAUAGUAGUAUGAUAGUUGAACAAAACACUAGUGUAUGUGUUCUUUGAUGUGUAGUUACAGGCCAAGUGCCAUAGAACAUGUUCAUUGUCCUACAUGUAAUUGUUACCAUUACCCAUGUUGUCAAGAAGAUGGUGUUGAGUCUUGGCCACGUUUGCUUGCAUGUGUAGAACGUAGUCUGAACAACUAGCCUGUGAUAGGUAGGUCACAGAAUGGUGUGGCUAUGGGCAUCGCUAAGUUUCUGUCAUCUUAAGUGAUGGGACUGUAAAAUCAAAACUGCCAUUUCACAUCUUUAUAAAAUAUAUGGUAUAGUUGUAUAGUUAUAUUAAUAUACUGUUUUGGUAGGUCUUUUGUGUGUGCAAAAUGUCACACCUGGAAAUUCACGCUUUUUAUCCACAGUCAGACUUUUGUACAGUGAAGAAAUUUACCCAACAGAAAAAUAUAGAUCUUGAUCAACUUUACACAUACAUCUCAGGAAUUGUCUUCUUGUUAAGUCUGUGACUUAAUCUGUUAUUUUGCAUUUGUUUAUCCUUUUUAUGUGUCUGUCACACCAGAACUCUCUUGUUGUACAGAAUAUAAUGUAGACAUUUAAACUGUCACUGAAUAUGAUUUAUGAAGAUAACUGAA